CCGAGUGAAGAGUUAGAUUUCGAGGAUGAAAACCACUUUGAAAAAAACGGUUUCUAGUGUGAUCCGGUGCGUGAUUAUAGUCGGAAAAUAAUUGGACUGACCCGAAUUUAUCUCUGGUGGAAGAAGUGAGGGUGUUAGAACGCCCGUUUUCUUUACUUUUGGGCUGAAUGUGAAGGUGACUUCGUUGUUGUGAUGGCGAUCGAUAUUUCGAUAUGAAUAGCGGCUCUCUUAACUAUCUCAUCCUCCUCUGACAGUUACAAAGGUGUUUUUUUUUUCAAUACUUAUACUUUAAUCAAUCGAAAAAAAAGUGAUUUUAAAACGUGUAGUGAAAAUAAAUGCCCUAGAGUGUUGUGCUUGACGACGUCCCACCAGCAUCUGAGGAAAAAAAAUCUGUUUUCUUUUUUGAAAUCUUUUGAACAUGAAAGGUGUUCUUUUGGCGUGUUCCCUUUGAUGAUGACACCACGCCCUCUCCACGUGCUCGUCCUCACGUUUGUGCUAAUCAGCGUGGCGUUUGGAAGGGAUGGUAACUUAAUGAGUGUUACCAGCCCGGCGAGGCUCCCUGGCGACGGCGCAGCGUUGCCAGACAAAGGCCGACGCGAGGGCACGCCUACGGUGAUCCUGGGGAGAACAGGUGUGCCAGUGGAGGUCACGCAUGAGGUCACAGAUUCAACCCUCGACGGCGUGCUUACCAUCUCGGCCGGCGACGGGACGACCGCGCGCUUCCGUGUCACAACCUCUGACCUCGCGCCGGACGGGGUCACCGACGGCCCAGGAUGGUGCCAGGUGCUACUUGAGGAGGAAGGGGCGUCAGAUGGAACAAGCGGUGCCCCUUUCGCCCGGUCUGACACUUCUGGGCGAGAUGAGGCACUCGGUGGCGGCCCUAAGGUUGGGGAGACCUCAUACCCGCCUAUGACGUCACAAGAAUCAGCAACACGUCGGGAAGGAGUGACGUCACAAGAAUCAGCAACACGUCGGGAAGAUGUGACGUCAUCGGGGUACAGUCUGAAGUGCACACACGGCCGCACGCACACAGCUUUCACGCUCCAGCACACGUACCUUCAUCCCGGCCGGUACGACCUCCACGCUCGUUUCCAAGACACUCAUGCGCCGUCUUACUGGGAGGUCGUAGCUGAGGUCGUCGUUAAAGAGCUGCUUGAGAUCACACUCGGCCCCGCCAAGGUCCUGGCACUGGGAGACGAGGGCGCUGCCGCCCACGCCCACAUCAGCCUCACGCCCAUCUUGGACACCCGUCUCCCUCCCACGGACCAUGAAGAUUUCACCGCCACGCACAUGUCCACGCCUACUCCCGCCCAUGAAGCAUUCACGCCUCCCGGUCUUACGUCAGGAGGCUCUCCCGCCGCAGGGCCACUCGCGCCCACGCCCAUGCCACAACCCUUCCUCGCCCAAGGGCCUCCUCCCGCCCACGCCCCGCAGCUGUGCCCGGGAGGUGACUUAUCGUGGGCGUGGAGCUUCGGUGAUGAUACAGACCCUGACACCAAGAUGGAUUCGCGAAGGAGGGAGAUGGAGACGCAUGGAGACCUGCUCGUGAUGAAGGAGGGAGGAGAUAAGAGGACGGCGGGAAUAAUAAAGACGGAAGGGAGGGAGAACGGCGGAGGCAGAGACGGAAGAGGGAGACAAGAAAGGCUAAUAACCGGGGCGAACGGAAUCGGCGAGGACCGGAGGGAGAACGAAGACGGCCGAGCAAAAACCUACGCGAGCUGGGAGGAACGGAAGGAGCGCGAGAGUUUGGAGAAGAGGAGGGCGAAGAAAGCUCGUCCUCAGACCGAGGCUGACAGCACUGCCACUACCUCCUCCUCCUCCUCCUCCUCCUCCUCCUCCUCCUCCUCCUCCUCCUCCUCCUCCUCGUCCUCCAGCACCCACGGUCCUGACACCUCCUCCUCCAACACCCACGGUCCUGAAACCUCCUCCUCCAACACUCCUUCGGCCACGGUUCAACACACGUACCAUAAACCCGGGUUGUACAACUUCAGCGCCCAAGUCCUGUGCGACGGCCGACCGCUCUCGACGAAGCACGUGGCCGGAGCCUUCCUGGUGGCGGUGCCGGUGCGGGGCGUGCAGAUCAGCGUGGCCGCGAGAGACACCACUCUGCCUCUCCUUCCGCGGCGCCUACGAGAGGACCGGACGAGGAACGUGUCCAUAAACAUCUCAGUGGCAGAGGGAUCGCACCUUGACCCCCUCGCCCUCAAGCUGGAGGAGGGGGCCGAGUUAUUCUCGAGGCCUGACGUCGACGCGCGGAACGGCGGGUGGGUUGCGCAGGUGGUGCUGAGGGCGGUCGUGGCGGAAGUGGGCCAGGAGGUGCUGUUCCGUGCCCUAAGCAACGGCACGGAUGUCCACUACGAUUGGUCGCUGCCGGGGGGCGAGUUUCUCCGCGAUGCAGGUCCCGAGGUGCGACGGGUGUACAACUCCUCGUUCACCGAUAAAGUGAACGUCACCGCAUACAACCAGGCUUUGGCAUCAUCUCUCGACCGCCACCAUUACCCGCAGGGCCCCAGGUGGUGCAACCCAGGUGGCAGGUUCCCAGAUGGCACAGGAGGAGAGCUGGCGUGA